AUGAAAAUUGGUUCGUUUUUUACAGGGCUGGUGAUAUAUUCGUCAGUUUCACUAAGUUUCUCAAUUUCGCAUUUCUUUGAUAGUAAGGUCCUAAAGCCCUUCUUCAAUGAUCUGCAAGACAUUCAUAGAAAAUUGGAUGACUCGUUCAAUAUUUUAACGGACCCAAUUUAUGAUGACUACUCGGUUCGUAUUAAAGAAGUAGAUCCAGCAAAGCUGGGUAUUGACUCGGUAAAACAAUGGUCUGGCUACUUGGAUUAUAAAGACUCCAAGCACUUCUUUUAUUGGUACUUUGAGAGCAGGAAUGAUCCUGUAAACGACCCGGUGAUAUUAUGGUUGAAUGGAGGUCCAGGUUGCUCAUCACUCACAGGCUUAUUCUUCGAAUUAGGUCCUUCAUCAAUUGGCCCCGAUUUAAAACCAAUUUAUAAUCCUUACUCGUGGAACAGGAAUGCUUCUAUCAUAUUUUUGGAGCAGCCCCUUGGCGUAGGUUUUUCGUAUGGUGAUAAGAAGGUAUCGUCUACUGAAGUGGCGGGGAAGGACGUAUAUGUUUUCCUUGAGCUGUUUUUCCAAAAAUUUCCACAUUUGAGAGCUAACGACUUUCAUAUAGCUGGAGAGUCAUAUGCUGGUCAUUACAUCCCUCAAAUAGCACAUGAAAUCGCGAUAAAUCAUUAUGGAAUUGCCUCUUUCAAUUUAUCUUCUGUCUUAAUUGGCAACGGAUUAACCGAUACUUUGGUGCAGUACGCUUACUAUUCGAAAAUGGCAUGCGGAGAAGGUGGAUAUCCAUCCGUUUUGACCCCAGAAAAAUGCCAAGAAAUGGAAGACUCGCUACCUUUAUGUCUUGGGCUUACUGAAGAGUGCUACGAUACAAGACAAACCUUUGUGUGCAUAGCGGCUAGUACCUAUUGUACCUCCCAUCUAUAUGGUCCUUACAGAGAAACGGGACUAAACAUGUACGACAUCCGCCGAAAAUGCGAAGAAUCAGAUAAUGGUCUUUGUUAUAAGGGCCUAGACUAUGUUACAGAGUACUUGAAUCAACGCUAUGUACAAGAUGCCCUUGGUUCAGAUGUUCAUUCUUAUGUUGGUUGUAGCAAAGAUGUGAGUUCCAGUUUUGCUCUGACCGGUGAUCAUACAAAGCCUUUUCAACAAUUUGUUGCGGAACUAGCUGAUAGGGAUAUACCCGUCUUAUUGUAUUCUGGUGAUAAAGACUACAUUUGUAAUUGGCUGGGCAAUCAUGCUUGGUCUGAUGAGCUGGAGUGGAAGAGCAAGGACGAAUUCAAAAGUGAAAAAUUGAAACCAUGGAUAAGCGAGCAAACGGGUGAAUCUAGUGGUGAAGUCAAAAACUAUGGUUCUUUGACGUUUUUGAGAGUUUAUGAUGCUGGCCACAUGGUACCAUACGAUCAGCCAGAAGCUAGUUUGGAGAUGCUUAACACUUGGAUCAGUGGUGACUAUUCUUUUGGUUAUUAA